AUGUUCCCCUCACUGAAGGCAGCUUUCGCGCUCCUCUCCCUGCUCGAGCUCGCCUGCCCUGUACCACUGGUGACGACCCCUGCCAAACUAAAGCUGUCCGAGAUCACCCACCGCAUCCAGCAGCUCAACUCAGGAGUGCAGCUGUCAGAACAGGAGCUGCUGUGCCAGGCUGCCAUGGCGCUCACCAAAAUCACCAGGUGCAAGAAAGACUACGAGCCGCUCAUCAUCAACCUGCAAAAGCUGCACAGCAAGAGGAACUGUUCCCUGAGCAAUGAAAACGAGAUCUAUCUGCGCAACUUCUUGCCGGAGCUGGGGAACUUCACCCAGGGGAUGUACAGGCGCCUGGCCACACGCGCUGCACACUGA